GAGCCUCACCUGUUUCCCCUUUUAGUUAACAGAGUAGAGAAGUCGUGCACCUUGGAAUCACCAUAAUCACCAUAAUCACCAUUAUUCAUUAUUUUCUCCACUAUAUUAAUCCAUCACACUCAGCCCGUACCCUGACCGCAGCAUGUUACCAAUUAUAUUAUGUCACUUGCAAUAAUACAAUAACACUACGUAACUUGAUGUUGGAGACCCAGAACAUUCAAGAUAGCUUCCUCCCAGGUGGCUUCUAAUCCCUCCUCUAAAUCACGACUGAAUCAGCUUCAUCGACUCAACAACGAUAAGAUAAACUCUUUGAGUAGUCUGGACAGGGGAGGGAGUUUAUACAGUGAUAAGCGUCAACAUCGACCUAAAGAUAACGAAGAAAUCGAACUUGUUGAAUACCCUAGCGCACGAGACGGCCAGCCUCCCGAAUCGCAUUUAACUGAGAGUGAUAGAAAAAGAGCGGAAAAAAGAAAAAGACUUGAGGAGGCAGAUGAAAUGAAGUUCUCCCAUAGUAUUCAGUUCAAUGCUGUUCCAGAUUGGAGUAGUCAUUACAUUGCUUAUAGCAAUUUGAAGAAGUUGUAUGUCUCGUCGCGAAUUGGUGCAAUAAAUGAUGCUGAUGAAGUUUUUUUAAACACGCAGGAUAUACCAACUUGAGAAAAAUGUUCAUCGUCCUUCUACUGGCGCCGGAGAUGCCGAAAACUCUCCUCUCAUAAGAGCGGUCGAAGAUCCAGAUGCUAUCUUUCGCAGAGCGCUGGAUGCGGAAUUGGAAAAAAUAUCUUCGUUCUACGAAUUGAAGGAGCGUGAGAUUUUUGGCGAGGUAUCAGAACUAUUGAAGGAGGAAGAGGCAUUUGAGGCGGAAGUUUUGGAAAACAAUCAAACAGAUGGAAUGAAUGGAUCAGAUGGCAAUGGUCAUCCAAGAACGUCCAGCAGCGAUCGCCCGCGACAAGGUAGCAUUUUCAAGCCUUUCGUUCCAAAGGGAAGGCGGCGUUCAAGCACAAUGAGUCGGUCAAUAGAUGAAGGUGCGGAAGAUAGUGAUGAUGAUGAUGACGAUGAGCAUACGGCGCUGCGCAAAACGUCCAGGCCAACAAAUCAACGAAGCAAAAGCUCUCCUUAUGAUGCGAAUACUGGAAGACCUGGAGUUAUUGAGGAUAUGCGUGCUUCAGCAGAGUUGAUCAAGCCCGGACGAAGGAAUAGCCAUAACUAUGAGGAUUUCGCGGAGCAGGCCUUCAAUGCAUUAUAUUCGUCGGGAAUCACGUUGAAAAAGCGCGCCGUCGGUUUAUAUGUGUCACUUUGUGAACUGAAAUCCUUCGUACAGCUUAAUCAGACAGGGUUCAAAAAAGUUUGCAAGAAAUAUGACAAAAUAUUGGACAGAAAUCUGAAGUCGAAAUACCUCCAGGAUGUGGUAGGUCCCGCAUAUCCUUUUCGCCCGGAAACACUUAAACACAUCGAGGAGAACAUAUCACGAAUUGAGCGCAUGUAUUCCAAUGUGGUAACUCAAGGGGACGUCGAUAUGGCGAAAAAGGAAUUGCGAUCACAUCUACGAGAACAUGUUGUUUGGGAAAGAAAUACAGUCUGGAGGGAAAUGAUUGGUAUUGAGAGGAAAGCUCAGGCUGCGAAUAUGGGUAUCCGGAGAACUUUACUUGGUGCGGAUAAUGAUCCAUCCAAACUCCGGUUACAAGGGGAUGAUGCCGAUAUUCCUGACAUGAAGGAACUUUCAACGCCGGUUGGAAGAGUGAAAUGUCCAAGAUGGCUCUUCAGUUCGACGAUGUUCACAUUGAUUGGAAUUAUCACCGUCUUUAUUCUACUACUGCUUAUUCCAAUCAUGAAGAAGCCAGAGCAGCAAAAUUGUUUAGCAAUGCUGAUAUUUGUCAGUUUGUUAUGGGCUACUGAGGUAACAAAAUCCGUGAAAGUCUAGAAACAUCUUCUUUUAUUAACUCCCGUUUAGGUCAUACCUCUCUUCGUUACAUCUCUCAUGAUUCCCUUCCUCUGUGUACUCCUUAAAGUGGUUCGCUCUGAUGAUAAACCUCAUCAUCGAUUGGAAGCUCCAGCCGCUGCGAAGUACAUCUUUUCCGCAAUGUGGACUCCAGUCAUCAUGUUACUACUUGGUGGAUUCACAGUAGCAGCAGCAUUAUCAAAAUAUGACAUUGCUAAGAGAAUUGCCACUUUCGUCCUAAGUAAAGCGGGAACGAGGCCAAGAACAGUACUUAUCACCAAUAUGUUCGUAGCAGCUUUUGCAAGUAUGUGGAUUAGUAAUGUUGCAGCACCUGUUUUGUGCUUCUCAAUCAUCCAGGUAAGCUUAUACUUCUGAUCACUGACGUCUGUCACUAAUAAUACUAGCCUAUGCUUCGCAAUCUUCCAUCUGAAUCUCAAAUGUCGAAAGCAGUCAUUCUUGGCAUUGCACUUUCGUCUAAUAUUGGUGGAAUGCUUUCUCCAAUUGCAUCUCCCCAAAACAUUGUCGCCCUUCAGAUUAUGUCCCCACAACCAGAUUGGGGCACUUGGUUCUUCAUUGUCUUGCCAGUUGGUAUCAUUUCCAUCGUCCUUAUUUGGAUUCUUUUACUUCUUACCUUCAAGCCUGGCCGUGGAACCACAAUUGUUCCCAUUCGUCCCGUCAAAGAUGCAUUCUCUGGUGUUCAAUGGUUUAUUACCCUUGUCACUUUAGGUACCAUCGUUCUUUGGUGUGUAAGCCAUCAACUCCAAUGGAUCUUUGGUGAUAUGGGUGUGGUCGCAAUCAUUCCAAUUAUUUUAUUCUUCGGAACUGGUAUCCUAACUAAGGAGGACUUUAACAAUUUCUUAUGGACGAUUAUAAUUCUCGCUGCCGGAGGACUUUCCCUUGGUAAAGCUGUUAACUCAUCGGGAUUGUUACAUACUAUUGCUGGUGAAAUUACUGCGAGCGUUGAAGGUUUCAGUCUUUAUAGCGUACUCGUCGUAUUCUCUUGCCUUGUCUUGGUUGUUGCAACUUUCAUUAGUCAUACUGUCGCAGCUCUCAUCAUUCUCCCAUUAGUUCAUAGUGUAGGAGCAGGCAUGGAAGAACCACAUCCUAAUCUUUUGGUUAUGGGUGCUACAUUAAUGUGUAGUGCCGCUAUGGGAUUACCUACCAGUGGAUUCCCUAACAUGAGUAUGUAUAUUCUUUUCUUUCAUUCACAGUUAAAACAAAUGCUAAUAAAUGAUAGCGGCAAUUAUGAUGGAAGAUUCACAAACAGGAUUAAGAUACUUACAAGUGAAACAUUUCAUCACUCGUGGCGUACCAGCAAGUAUCCUUACAUGGCUAGUGGUUAUUUCAGUUGGAUAUGGAUUGAUGAGGGUGGUUGGGAUGUAAUAAAUUAUUUUAAUUUUUAUCAUUAGAUUGUGAUGGGCUUGUGAAAAGGGAAAGGGAUUAAAAUAAACAGGUAUGCAGCAUUGGCAGCGAGAAAGUUAGACAUUUUUCAAAUGAUUUUUUGUAAGUAAGAUAGGAUAAGUUAACAAAUCACAUAUUUGAAUGAAUAAAAUUCACAUUCUUCUGUU